UGUGGUCCUGCCCAAGCCAUUGGCCUAGGAGUCUGCACCGGCUAUGGGAAUACUGCUGCGGAGCCUGUCCGGGGGAGGCCGGGUGGGAGCUGCGCUCUGCUACCGGGCCAGUUCUCGCGGGUCGAGUGGGCUGCACUGCCCCCGCAGGGUUGCGGGAAGCAUUUCGCGCAGCCGGGGUGUCCCAGGUCUGGGAGGCCAGCCAGCCCUUGGAAGAGUCACGGUCAGCGCGCUCCCUGAGAGCUUUCUUCAGGGCACACAACAGUCCUCCAGCUGGGGCAGCUGCCAGAGUCUUCCCCGAGGAAGACACAGUGUUCUUCACAGACACCAUGCUCCAGUGCGAGUCACUGAUAGCCGCAGAGAGUUGGGGAUGGACCACAGGGAAGAAGGUGCGGAGGAUGACGGGGAGCCAAAGGCCUCCCAGCCCCGGGAGAAGCUCCCAGACCCUCCAUCACUUGAGCCUCCCACAAACUGCUGCAUGAGCGGCUGUCCUAACUGUGUGUGGGUAGACUAUGCAGAAGCCCUGCUCAGACACUACCAGGAUGGGGGGGAACAGGCCCUGGCCGUUCUAGAGGAGCAUGUGAAGGAUGAGAACCUCAAGGCCUUCCUCAGGAUGGAGAUCCGACUCCGGCUCCGCACCCAGAGUGGAGGCUGAGCCAGUGUACGUGGGACUCCCGGCCGUGGACAGAUGCCACCCUUUACGUGGGACUCCCGGCCGUGGACAGAUGCCACCCUUUAUGUGGGACUCCCAGCCGUGGACAGACGCCACCCUUUACAUGGGACUCCCUGCCGUGGACAGAUGCCACCCUUUACGUGGGACUCCCGGCCGUGGACAGAUGCCACCCUUUAGAAGCACAGGGCCACUUUUAUCCUUGAGUCUGGAAGACUCAACACGUCUGCCAGGAAUAGGAAGUAAUGUGUAAGAACUUCACCUCUGAAUAAAUUCUCUGCACCAACCAAA